CGAGGUGUGUGUGGUUUGGGGCUUGGAGGUUUUUUUUUUUUUUGGUUAUUUUUGCCCUUUUUUGUUGUUGUUUUUGCCCUUUUUUUCUCUUUUUUUUUUCCUGCUUUUACAAGAAGGAAAGAAAACGUUACCAAGAUUCUCCGAUGGCUUAGACAAAUCAAUAAUAAUCUGUGAAAAUACGAAGUCGACCGGUUCUUGAUUUCCCCCUUCCCUCCCCUCCAGCUCCCCAGCCCACUGCUGAGAUUGAGCUAAAAGGACCUGUUUCCUGGAGGACGAGGAGAACAGACACGUUUCUGGUGGUGUAGAAGGGACCGAUGGCAAUGCUUCAGAGUGUAGCGGAGACGCAGGAGAGAGAUUCAACCUGUUAACAAAAAAAAAAAAAAUUAAGCAGGGGGAAAAUAUCAACGGGAAGGAAAGAUAUAUAUAUACAUAUAUAUAUAUAUAUAUAUACACACGUAUAUAUAUACAAUUUAGAAGCAUUCCCCAGGUGGCCACAAAGCAUGGGCUGUGUUCCAAGCACCAACCUCUCUGACAGCAGAGUGAUCUGUCACAGUAGCAAUGAGUCUGAGGAGUACAAUUUCCCUCACCAGACCAACACAACCAUGUCUCAACAGCAGCAAGGCAACCCCGUCCCAGGAUUAUUCAUUAAAUGCUACAACACAUCCACUUAUGAGGCGAGGACUAAUUCCUCUAAGAAAGACAAGAGGGAGAACAGCCAGAGCAUGGAGGCAGAGGCCCAGACCGGCAGACCCAAUGUUAAGGCACCAGUAACAGAUGUGCAGUUUGGCCCUAUGAGACUUCAUCAAGAUCAGCUUCAGGUACUUUUAGUGUUUGCUGAGGAAGACGAGCAGAGUAACGGGUUCCGCUGGGCGUGUGACAAGGCUGGAUUUCGGUGCAACCUUGCCAGGACACCUCAGUCUGCACUAGAAUGUUUUCUAGAUAAGCACCAUGACAUUAUCAUCAUUGACCAUAGACAUUCCAGAUACUUUGAUGCAGAAGCAUUAUGCAGGUCUAUCAGAACAACGAAAGCCUCAGAAAAUACGGUCAUUAUUUGUGUAGUACAAAGGCACACUGAUCGUGAGGAGUCAUCCAUAUUGCCCCUGAUCUCUGCUGGCUUCACAAGGAGAUAUGUAGAAAAUUCUAGUAGAAUGGCCUGCUACAAUGAAUUGAUUCAGCUGGAAUUUGGACAGGUGCAGGCACAAUUCAAGUUAAGGGCAUGUAAUUCAUUAUUUACAGCGUUAGAGAAAAGUCAAGAAGCCAUUGAGAUCACAAGUGAAGACCAUGUAAUACAGGAAUGGCAAGGAAUGUACUAUGCGAAAAAGAAAAAUGGAGAUUGCAUACAACAAAAUGUGAAGAUACUACCUGUCAUUGGACAGGGAGGAAAGAUUAGACACUAUGUGUCAAUUAGUAGACUGUGCAAUGACAACAAUAAGGUGGAGAAGACAUGUGAAUGUAUUCAGGCUGAAUCUCAGACAGAUACUCAGACUUGCAGACACAAAGACAUGAGGAAAGGAUCCCUGGAUGUCAGAUCCACAACAUCUCGUGGGAGUGAUGGCAGCUCCCAGCGGCGCCGCUCCUCCAUGGCCAGGGUCCAUUCCAUGACAAUCGAGGCUCCCAUCACCAAGGUAAUAAACAUCAUCAAUGCUGCUCAAGAGAGCAGUCCCAUGCCAGUUGCAGAAGCUUUAGACCGGGCUUUGGAGAUUUUGAGAACCACUGAAUUGUACUCUCCACAACUGGGGACAAAAGAUGAGGAUCCACAUACAAGUGACCUCGUUGGAGGGUUAAUGACAGAUGGUUUACGAAGAUUAUCAGGGAACGAAUACAUAUUGUCAGCAAAACAAACUCAUCAGGUUGCUGGCAGUCUGAGCUCUCCAAUCUCCCUCAAUGACAUACCCCCACGGAUAACACAGGCAAUGGAAAAUGAGGAACAGUGGGAUUUUGAUAUCUUUGAACUUGAGGCUGCCACCCAUAAAAGGCCUUUGGUUUAUCUGGGUCUCAAAAUAUUUGCUCGCUUUGGAAUCUGUGAAUUCCUAAACUGUUCAGAAUCCACUCUGAGGUCAUGGUUACAAGUUAUUGAGGCCAACUACCAUUCCUCCAACUCCUACCAUAAUUCUACUCAUUCAGCAGAUGUACUACAUGCUACUGCUUACUUCUUGUCUAAAGAGAGAGUAAAGCAAACUCUGGAUCCAAUUGAUGAGGUUGCCGCGCUCAUUGCUGCCACAGUCCACGAUGUGGAUCACCCAGGAAGAACAAAUUCUUUCCUGUGCAAUGCUGGCAGCGAGCUCGCAAUUCUCUACAAUGACACAGCCGUGCUGGAGAGCCACCAUGCUGCCCUGGCUUUCCAGCUCACCACCCGGGAUGGCAAAUGCAAUAUAUUUAAAAACAUGGAGAGGAAUGAGUAUCGAACCCUUCGCCAAGUCAUUAUUGACAUGGUCUUAGCAACAGAAAUGACAAAGCACUUUGAGCAUGUCAACAAGUUUGUCAACAGCAUUAAUAAACCCUUGGCAGCACUAGAAGAAAAUGGGAAUAAUGGUGAUGGAGAGUCAAUCAAAACUGUUCUCAGGUCUCCUGAAAACCGUAUCCUUAUCAAACGCAUGUUGAUAAAGUGCGCUGACAUUUCCAACCCAUGCAGACCCAGAGAACAGUGCAUAGAAUGGGCCGGGCGCAUCUCUGAGGAGUACUUUGCACAGACUGAUGAAGAAAGGAGGCAAGGUUUACCUGUUGUGAUGCCAGUUUUUGACAGAAAUACUUGCAGCAUCCCCAAAUCCCAAUUAUCAUUCAUUGAUUACUUCAUUAUUGAUAUGUUUGAUGCCUGGGAUGCGUUUGCCGACCUGCCAAAUCUGAUGGAGCAUCUGAAUAAUAACAUUAAAUACUGGAAAGGACUGGAUGGAAGGAACCUGCGAGUCCUCCGACCACCACCAGAAUAGCAGUUAGACCAUGGUGUGUCAUUCACUAGCCAGAUGCAUAUUUAUUCAAGCUCACUUUUAUCUGUGUGAAUUCAGAUUUGUUUUGGUCUCUUCAGUAUUACAGUAAAGCUAGCCCAUGCGCUUGGGGAACUUUCACAUUCAAGAGAACACGAGGUCAGCAGUUGACUUCCACAAAGUACCAUGUGUGGACUCAGAUGAAAUAAGCCCACCAAGUGGAAUUACACUGGAUUGCUGCAGUACUUGUACUGAAGAGGGUUUAUUACAAACAUACUUCUGUGAUAUCUUCAUACCAGCACGUGAAGCUGGAAGACCUUGAAGAGAAUCCUCAUAAAAAGGACAUUCACUAGAAGUUUAUCUAUUAAUAGAGACUCACAGCUUUUAUGAGAAAGCUACAUGCUUUUUAUAAGCACUUCAGACAGUUAUGUAAAACAAUCAGACAUUUAAAAUGCAACUGUCUAUGAAAGAAUUUUUUGAUCUAUGAAAAAUAGAUGUACUGUAUUUUUUCACAUCACAGAAGGUGCAAUCAUUCACUUCUGAGCACUACUGAAAGUGAGUUCUCCUUAAGAAAUUUAGUAGCAAAUGUAAAAAAUAACACAAGAAUUUUUGAGGUUGAUCGUUAGCAUCUAUGAUUAAAAUGUUAUGUUUUAUUUAUUUUGUUAGAUGUUCGAUAUUUUCUAUGAAUUUAUAAAUACUUAAAAGCCAAAGCCAACUUUAGAUGCAUUAUAAAUUUACAUGAUUCAUACUCAUUAAUAUACAUUUAAUUGAUGUACAGACCUUUUAUUUUCAUAAUGCAAAUACAAAAUACUAUAUACAAUGAUACAUUUUUAUUGCACUGUAAGGAUAGAUGUGUAUGUUUAAAUAUUGUCUGAUUUAUGUUAAUUAAAAUAAGUUUUAUUAAAAAGGUCUCACUUGAGAAUAGUAGAAUAAACAAGAACUGUAUACUGUCUGAGCACCAGAACUGCAGUAGUUCUCCCACAAACCAGUGAGGACCACCUGAUCUUCUCUUGGCUACAAAAAUAAUAAUGUGUUGGAACUCUUUGUUUUCUCCCAUGACAUUUUAUGACUGAACUCCCUGUUAAAGUCUGCCUUAUUUUAUAUAGUAUUUCUACAAAGCAUUCCACAGCAUAUAUGAAGAGGUGAUACUAAGCAUCUAAUGAAUUUCAACAUUUUAUAGCCAAUGCAUUUUCCUCUGCAGUAAAAGAAAAAGAACAUAAAACCACCAACACAAACCUCCAACUCAAGAAGUUUGUAAAGACUGUGUACCUUCUCAAUUUGAAUGAAACCUUCAUAGCAACUACCAGAAAAUAAUAAAAUGUAUAUUUUAAGAAGUGUCAAGUCCUACCCAUUUCAUUUGAAUGUAUAUGCACUUUGUAGUUUGCACAUGAAAUUCUUUUAAAAGUAACUAAGAUACUUUUUGUCUGGGGAAGGGAAAAGUUGAGGGGGUUGAAUGGCAUAAGGGUGAUGAAAGGUGUAGCUGGCAAGCCCCUGUGUUUGUGGGCUGCCCUUGGCAAGCCCAUCAAACCCUUAUGUACCCUUGGACAAGUCUCUUCACAGCUCCAAGCAGUGUCACACUGUGUUCCACUGGAGGACUCGAGGAGUAUCCUGUCAGCCUUCCCAGUCGCCAGAAAGGCAUCCAAAGGCACUGAAAGGGCUGCUGACUGUCGUUACUGCAAAGAAAAUUGACUUUAGAGACAUUUUGAACCAUUUCUGAAGAAGCAGAAGCUGGGGAGAGGUGGACGAUGGAGCAGUUCAGGGACUGCAGUAGCAGCCUUAAGGGAACUUGCAAGGAGAUGGAGAGUUGGCUGACAGUUUUCCUGGCAAUAUCACAUUGUAUUUCCUGGCUCCUGUGUCUCCAUUAGGGGAAAACUGCAUCACACCAUCAGUGUCUCCUCUGCUUAUCUGCUGCAAUGAGGAUGGGAGAGGAAGUUGGGCAUGAGCAUGUGGGCCCAGAGACUUGAAUGCAGGUAAAAAUCAUGGAAUCAUUUAGACUGGAAAAGACCUUUAAGAUUAUGGAGUCCAACCAUUCCUCCAGCACUACCAAAUCCACCACUAAACCAUGUCCCCAUGUACCACAUCUACACAUUGUUUUAAAUCCCUUCAGGGAUGGUGACUCCACCACUGCCCUGGGCAGUCUGUUCCAGUGCUUGACAACCCUUGAAAUAAAAAAAAAUUUCCUAAUAUCCAAUCUGAACUUCCCCUGGUGCAAUUUCAGGCCAUUUCCUCUUGUCCUAUCACUUGUUUCUUGGGAGGAGAGACUGACUCCCACCGGGCUACAGUGUCCUUUCAGGUAGUUCUAGGCAGUGAUAAGGUCUCCUCUGAGCCUCCUUUUCUUCAGGCUAAACACCCCUGGCUCCCUCAGCUGCUUUUCACAGCACUUGUGCUCCAGACCCUUUCCCAGCUCUGAUUGACCUUUUUACCUUCUCUGGACAUCUCAAUGUUCUUUUUACCUUCUUAAUGACCAUCCUGAACUGAGAAGCCCAGAACUGGGCACAGCCCUCGAGCCGUGGCCUCCCCCGUGCUGAGUGCAGGGGUUUGGCCGCAGCCCCGGCCCUGCCCCCCUGCUCCUGCCACAGGCGGUGCCAUUGGCACUCCUGGCACACGCUGCCUCACGUUCAGCUGCUGCUCCCCAGCACCCGGCUCCUUCUCUGCUGGGCACUGUCCGGCCCCUGUGCCCCAGCCUGUAAAGCUGUGUGGGGUUCUUGUGACCCAAGGGCAGCACCCGGCCCUUGGCCUUGUGGAGCCUUUUACCACCGGCAUCAUUCCAUGGGUCCAGCCUGUCCAGGUCCCUCUGCAGAGCCUUCCUACCCUGCUGCAGAGCAGCACUCCCAUCCAUCCAACUUGGUGUCAUUUGCAAACUGACUGAGGGUGCACUCGAUACCCUCAUUCAGAUCCUCAACAAAGAUAUUAAACAGAACAGCCCAGAAAAAAUAUUUCUUCAUAAGCAUAGUUAAUAUUCUGGGUUAUAUUAAUAUAUAGUAAAAAGCAGUUAAUUUCAUCUGCUGCAAAAAUGCCUGAUGCAUCAUCACUGAAAAGAUGUGAUCAAUAUGAUUAAUUCCCUGAAAUUCACGCUGCAUCUUUAUUUCCGUUACUUGGACUGUAGAACUGUGCUAAUUAACCCUCUCUGUAAGCCAGAUUUAUGUCCAUAUUGGUGCACAAUAAUUUCACUUAACAUAAAACACUGAUUUUCAGCUGCUGCAGCUUUGUUCACUCUCCUGUCCAUCUAAAUUUGCCAAGGACAGAGUAUAAUUAAAAUCUGGAACCAUGAUGCCUGAUCUUUACUCUCUUCCCACUGAGCUUCUCUCUCCAAGCCACAGCUCUGAAGCCUUCUGUGCACUGUGAGGCUGUGCCUGUUCCGUGGGGAUGAUUCCAGGCUGCUGCCCAUGCAGUGUGAAUGGCCUUGCUGUGGAGCAGCAAUAGCUCUAACCUGAUACUCACUGCUCCAGGAUGCAGAUGUCUUUGGCUCCCAUUGCAAAUGCUUCAGCCAUUCCAGAUCCCCUUCCUUUAUUCUCCAAGAUUACACAGGAACAUCACAUGCCCUGUGCUCUAAACCCUUUCCAGCUUUUUGAACUGUCACUCUGUGAUGGAACUUCCUGGGGACAGAAAUGGCUUUACUGAUGGUCCUUCACCAGGGAAGGGAGAACACUGGAGUAAACUGAGUGUGAUUGAAGUGUUCCCAAUUUCAGUUAGGCUGGCAGUCUUAUGCAGUGUCUGCACUUUUCAUUUGUUCUUGCUUUAAUGCUAAUACAAGAGUAAAUUCCAAUGUCGACAUGAUGAAGGAGAGGUCCUUUAUGUACCUCCAGGGCUUUAGUAAAAAGCUUUGUUUUAAAACUUAAUAAGGUUCAACAAUUCAGCAUUAAAUGACAGAAUGAAUGGCUCUGUUUUCCAUGCUCCAUAUUUUCUAUCAGGUAAUCCUGCUUCUAAACCUGGGUAUCACUGUAGAUGCUUCCAAGUGAAUCUGAAUUAUUAUGAUCUGGUAAAAAAAUGUUGGCUUCUCAGCAAAUUGUCCUAGAUUAAUAUCUUUUCCCCUUGUACAACAUUUGGAGUAAUAAUUGCUUAUUCUGACAAAAAGAGAAACCAGACAGGUGGUAUGCUCAGCUACCUUAUCACAAGUCUGAAGAUGGUUUUCAUACUGCAGUUUACCCAAUGGCUAUAUAGAUAAUUUAAUAUAUAAAUUAAAAAUCACCUGAAAUGGAAUGAAUGCCUUGUUUUUUGUUGCAGUGCCUUUUCAUCUGGGUGUUUCUGCUUGUCUCAGUAGAGGAAUCAUUGAUAAAACAUUUAAGAAAAUGUGUCUUGAACAUGAAGGAAUUGAGCAAUGGCAAAGGCAUUCCUGCAUAAAAGAGAAGAAAGGAUAAUAGAUAUCUAAUAAUCACUUGCUGGGUGCUGAGAAACAGCACAGGCGAACAGUAGUCAGUUGUCCCCUUCAGUGAGACCAGAAGGGUUUGAGUCAUGGCUCUGCAAGGAGUGCUUUAAAAUGAAGUCUCAGAGCUAUUCACAAGCUUCAAAACAAAUAAUCUCUGCUCAUGUGUGACAUCAUGCCUCCAAGGUACAGGGGUCCCAGGGGUGCUGUUAAAUGAUAGCAGGAUGGAGUGCAGUUUGUCCUGACAUGAUGUUUAGAUGCAGAAAACAAGCUUUCAAAUUGCUGCCAUGUCCCCAUGCAGCCCUGUGCUGCUGGUUCAGAACAAAGGGGAUGUCCAGGUGUUUCAGCUGUUUUUUGCUGAAGCUUUGGCUCUGUGAGCAAAGGCCUAUGGCUCAACUCCACUGAAUGCUUUCUCUCAGUGCCUGCUUUGAAUGUUACUUGGGCAAAGUGUCUCAUGUUUUCCUUUUUUCCACUUGUUUAACAUCUUUAAAACUCUCCUCCAGUAUUUCCCAUGCAAACCUCAGUGGACUCAGCUCUGCAAACCCUGUGAAGCAAUUUCAGUUGCCUCUUAUACAAGUAAGGCAACUGAGUUAGGAAAGGCCAGGGAACCCAGAGCCACUAAGCAAAGUAGCUUUGAGGCUUCUAAACAUCUUUGAAGUCCUGGUUCUUCAAGCCCUGCCUGUGGUUUAACAGUGAGUGUUAGAUCAGGAAGCAGUCUUCUGGUCUUCUCAUGUUCCACUUUUUCCCCUCUUCCAGCUUCUCUGCUUCCAUUUUUCUUAGCUCAUUUGCUAGGAGUCUUUGCUUUAACUUCCACUGGCUGAACAUCUCCUUCAAACACAAAGCCAUAAUGCUGGGACUAAACCCAGCCUUUCAGACUGACUCUUGCUGCUUACUACAGCCUUUACCACAAGAAAAUAUUUCUUUCUGACUCAAAGUGAGCCUGGAGAAAUAUCUCAUAAUGGCUGAAAGCCUUACAUUGGUAUCCACAGGCAGAAGGAGAAUGCAGAGAGUUAACUGAAAUAGCUCGUGAGCACUGCAGUGCUGCUGGGGCAGUGGGAAUAUGUGUGCAAGGUCUUUGGUACUGUACUCCCACAUGCAAAGUGAAGUCAGGAGUGUUCUCAGGCACCUCUGCCUUUGAGGUUAUGUGAGCAAGCACAAGCAGCUGGGGACACUUGUUGAAAUUUGAAUCUGCCUUUUCUUGGUUUGCUUGCUCCCCCCGUCGAGUGGCAAGAGUCAUUGCUAGAGCUGAAACUCAUCUUAGUUCAGCCCGUGGUGCUUAACAGAAAUCACUUCAUCCUUUUAUUACAUAGGAAGUGAAGCAGUGCACCAACGCAUACAGUUUUCAAAAGGAAGUCAGAAAGGUGAUUCCUCUUUGAAACAAAAGGAGGAAUUCAGCCAGUGUGUAAUUAUUCAAGUGAGAAGUUGGUCUUGUCUGCAUUUAAUAUUCCAGAGUGGUAUUUGAUGUAAAUCCUUCCCUAGAGUUCAUUACAUUAGCUCUUAGCUCAACCUGAGCAUGCUGAGUGCCAAAUUCAGCAUGCAGCAUGUUUUAUCACCGAGAAUGACGUCAACCUGGUGAUCCUGCAGCUCCCCAGCCUGGGGGAGGAGGUAUGGCUUUGUCUUCAGCCUAAAGAUAAAAUGGAAUAUGUUUGAUAAUAUUUUCUUGGUAUUUGCAGUGUAAAAUGUGUGAGGAAUAUUGCUUUUUACCUCCAGAAAGAACUGUCCCUUUUUGCCUAAAAAAAAAAAAAAAAACCACCAAAAGUUGCUUUGCUUGUAAUAUUAUUCUACACAGAAAAUUAAAUUUCUCCUUUACAAAUCCCUAAGCUUUACAAGCAGACCCACAGAGCCCUUUCACAGGUGGGUGAAAUGAGCUGCAGGGAAGCACAGGGGCUUGUGGGCAUCCACACCAGGACAAUCCCUGGCCUGGUCCUGGGCUGGGAACGGCGGUAACAUCAGACACGGCUCGUGGGGUUAGUGAGGGAGAGGGACUGCGAUUGCUGGUAUACAGACAGUUGUCAGGGCAUGUGAGAGCACAGUGAAGUACUCCUCACCUGACAACCAAGCCCUAAAAGCAAGCAGCAUCAUCCAGCCUCUCAAAAUCCACGCUGGCAGACUCAGUGCCAAUGUGCUGUCCCCUGUUAUGAGAGAUCUCCGACAAGGCAAGGUCAGAAAGCACAAAGUUUUAGCUGCUCUAUCAUGCCAGCAACAAAAACAAAAAAAAAGCCAAAACACCAACCAACCAUCCACACAGAAACCCCCACAACGACAACAAAAAAACAAACAACCCAAAGCCUUGUUUUAAAAUAAGCCGUUCUAAAUAAACAAGUGUUUGUUCUUUGAACCACAGCAGAGUACAUACGUAACAAUGUUUGUUAAGUAAAUAUCAGUGACAUGUUUAAGUCUGGCUCAGUAGGUAUUAGCAAAGUGAUAUUUGUGUUGCUUUUGUUGUAACAAGAGUCAAUCGUGUUUGUAGAAGGUGGCCUGAAAAAGGGGACUUUGGAUUUGGGGCUUUCUUUCUUCCAUCUGCCUACCAAUAGCCCCACUUGGGGACUUAAAAGUCCUUCCCAAUGCAUUGAAUUGGUGAAGUUAUAGUUACUUCCAUUGUCAGCUCUGUUCAUAUUCUGCCUCGUGAAUGUUACUUCUUACCCAUGGAUUCACUUCUUAGAUUAUUUUGUCUUUAUGAAGUAAAUCUGUCCUAAGUCUGGUUGCAAAUAUAUGGUCACAUUAUUGUAGUGUGUACCUGAAACCACAGUGCUGUGGCUGAGCAAAGUUCAGACCUACUUCUACCUCUUCUGAUCAGAUGCACCCUGAGCUUAGAUUUUCUUCCUGUGCUGCAAGCAGAGAGAGCCAGAGAGCCCCACACAGGCCUGCUCUCUCUGCUGUGCCACUGUGCUGACCCAGCCAUGAGAUAGUCGCAAUGUGCAAAACGCCACACAGGGAUGAGACAGCAGGGCCCAAAAGCCAAUGGCUUCUUUUCCAUUUGCAGCAAAACAAAAACAAAACAAAACAAACCCACAAAAAAUGCCACCACCACCACCAAAAAAAAACCAACCCCAAACUAAAACAAACAAACAAAACCAAACCACCAUCAGUUUCUAAUUUAAACAGCUGUUUAUAUAGAUGUUUAUGUUUUUGUCUAUCCUUUGACCUUUUGGUUGAACUUUUUUAAGAGCCAGAUAUGAACUCUAAGGUUAGUGCACAGAGAAAUGCAAAGCAAGACAACAGGUUGUAACAAUGACGAUGCUGAAUUUCAAAUUCUCCACCAGAAACAAAGGCAAUUUUUCUGUUGAGCAGGCUAUGAGGAAGUCAGACUGAUUCUUAAUGUCCUUUCCUGUAUGUCAAUAUAAGCCAUCUAUUUGGGCAUGCUCAGAAAUUUUCGGCUUAAUAAAUCCUCACUGUAAACUACAUGCUUCCAUGUAUGGGAGGCAAAAUGUUUACUUCAUCAAGCAUUUUAUUACACAGACCAUGAAAUAUAUCUGACUCUCACUGCACAGGCACAAUACAUAGUUCUAUUGCAGCAGCCUGGCUGCAGCUUUCACCUCAGCACAGGGGCACAAGGCAGGAGGUGUUGGGGGGGCCCCAGGCAUCACCUGAUAUUUCACUUUCCAAUAUCAGAAAGGGAAUGUUAAAGGGAUUUUGUUUAGAGAUUGACAGAAAACUUGAGUGUUCAACUGGCUGCAAAAUACCCCCAAGGCAAAGGAGUUCACAUGCUGCUUUUGGCCCAGCCCAGCCUGGAUGAGGGCUCCGUGCAGGUGAGUUGGGAGCUGUAGAAUAUCCACCUCAGGGGUGAGAAAUAGCAGCUUGGUGCGGCCCCAAUAGCUGGUGGAGGGAGACCCAGGAGCUGCUGAGAGCUGGUGGCUCUCCCUCAGCCUUGCCAGGGCUGUGCUGGCAGCGGGUGUUAUUCUCGUGCUUCGCUCUGCAGGAUCGAGCACAUACUAUGGGAAGAAAUGGAGGUGGACACGCACAGCGGGCGCUGCACGGGAUGUGGCUGCUGGAGGCAGCAAUUCAGCUGUGUGUGGAUGGAGCCAUCACUGGGGAAGACGCUCCAUGGCCCAGCCGAGGGCAGCUUUUCUUUAGCUCCAGCUGUGGGAUGAGCACCCUUUUGGCAGAGAGCACAGCCCCUUACAGCCAUUUUGUGAAGCAGUUUAUGUCUCAGUAUCGCUUCCAUCACAGUAAGUAAAGCUUGGAAAAUAAGCCUGUGUGGAAAAGGUUUAAGUAAGGGGGGCUAGGACAGUUGAGUCCCAGUGUAUAUUGGCAGCUGAGCACACCACCAUAAACGCGAUGGAGGGAAAAUUCAAUAAAAAGGCUGUGUUGUGUUUUGGACUGGCCUAGGACUGCAGUAGAGCGUGAACAGCAGGCAGUGCCUCACCUUUGCACGGUCCCUGGUUGCUUUGCUGUGUGCUGCUAAUCAGUGAUACUGGUUACUGUUGGGAAACAGAGGUGGGCAGUAAAAAGAUUCAACUGAGUUUGAAGACAGGAAUAGGGAAUUGCCUUCCUGGCUGAGUGGUUAGGCUCUGCUGUCUACUUCAGGAGAGUUCAGUCUGUUCUGAGAUUUUUCAGGAGUUUCUUGUGGGGAUUCAUGUGGAGGACUAAGAAAGUGGAGCCAGUGGCACUAUAUUGACUCCACUGAUACUAUCCUCCUAAAUUAAAUGGUGGGAGAACAAGGCCUGCCUGUGAGACAAAAGUCAGGACCUACUUGAUCUACCUACAAUGUUUUAAUGGCUGUGAGAGAGAGCAGGCUAAAAGUCACGCGUUCCUGUUGUAAAAGGCCCUUUGUUCCGGCUCCAGCACUGGGUGAGGAGGGACACUGGAAUGCCUUGGAUUAUGAUCGUUGUCACUGCCUUAGCAGUCCUGUGCUGUGCCUGGCGAUGAGCAUGGGGCCAUUCUCCUGAGCAGACUGCUCUGUACUCCGCUGCUGGAGUGUAACAACGGAGCUGUUUGGUACCUGUGCAGUCCCACUGCAAGGGUGAGGGUGAACACCUCAGACACCCUUGUAUGGCUCAGAAAAUCUGCACAGUCCAGCAAGAGGGUUGUGAAGUCCUGGGGACUUGCCAGUUCAGUUCACUAAUUGGAAAGUAUUUGCCAGGUUACAGCUGUGGUUUGAACACUUGAGGUGAAAGCUGGUGGUGGGGAGUGGAAUCAUGGAUUCACCAGCAGCCUUUGUGCAUUAGAGGCUCUGUUGGGAGGUUCAGAUAUCCUCAUACCUCUGCUCUCAUACCUGUGUGUUACACUCUUUCAGGUAUCUACUUGAAAAUAACAGUGGGGCUCUCAGUUUUUGGCAGAUCGGAGUAAAACGUGUUCCAGUGGGUAGAAGUUGGACCCAGAGUCAAGGAGUACAUUUUUAAGCAAAGAAUGGUGCUAUCUCACCACUUCCAUCCCCUGCACAGGAGCUGUACCCUAAAGGUGCUGUUCUGUGGGAUGGCCAUGCCGGCAUCAGCAGGGCACACAUGGCCAAAGCUGCUCUGCUCACUGGCAAACCAAGCAACUGAGUCUCUGGCCUGCUUACAGCAGGUCUGACAAAGUGACCAUAACAACCUUUUUUUGCCCUGAAAAUACUGUCAUUCCUGGUAGGUUAAGAAAUGAUGCUGUGCUGGUAUAGCUCAGUGUUGCUAAGCCCAUCUUCUGAGCCUUUUGAAACAGAUACCCAAGAGCAGUUGAUAUUAUAAUCACUGCUGUAGUGACAUACUCAGCUCCUGUUUUUGUGGUUUCUAAAGGCCUGUUUUGGCAAGACUUUUUAAAAGCUAUUUGAGAAAGAACAGACAAGCUUUUGAUACACAGUUCUGUGUAAAAUCUCUUCAGUUUUUCCAAAGGCAUUUAUUUGUAGAGACCCUGCAUAUUGUAGAGGCCACUGCUUGUUCCUGGUGAUUCCCUAGAAUGGAAACCUGAACCAAUGAUUAUUGUAAUGAAUGUGCAAUAAAUCUGUGGAAAAGC